AUGUCCGAAUCAUUAACGAAAUGUAAAAUAAAAUCACAAAAAAAUACACUUUUAAAAGUUGUUAUACUCGGCGAUGGUGGUGUUGGUAAAAGUUGUUUAAUGAAUCGUUUUGUUUCGAAUCAGUUUGAUGAACAUUCAUUUCAUACAAUCGGUGUUGAAUUUUUGAAUAAGGAUAUUGAAAUUGAUGGGGAAAUUUAUACAUUACAGAUUUGGGAUACAGCGGGACAAGAACGUUUCAAAACACUUCGAACACCUUUUUAUCGUGGGACGGAUAUUUGCCUAUUGACGUAUGCUGUAAAUGAUAAAACUAGUUUUAGAAAUGUUGCGUUAUGGAGGAAUGAAUUUAUUUAUUAUGCAGAUGUAAAAGAAGAUGAAAGUUUUCCCUUUAUAGUUGUUGGAAAUAAGUGUGAUGUACCAUUACAUCAGAAAGAAGUUACGUUGAAUGAGCUAGAAUCAUGGUGUAAUGAAAAUGGAAUCUCAUGUAAUAUAGAAACAUCAGCUAGAACCGCUAUCAAUGUACAAGAAGCAUUUCAAUUAGCUGUACGUCAAUGGAUUAAAACAGAAUCUCGAAUCGAACCAGAUACACGUUCAUUUGGUGAUACCGUUGAGCUGACACGAAUAGGCAAUGAACAGGCAUCUGAUUAUCGCAGUUCAUGUUGUGUUUCCUCGUUUGACAACGACCAAAGUAUUUAAUAAUAAGUAAUGCAAUAUUUAUAUUUUAAUCAAUGGUUUUCAAAUAACACAGGAGUGGAGGAAUGUGUGAUUGACGACGAUCGCUCACGCUUUUGUAUUUAAAUAUUUUUUUUAAGCGUUGUUUAAGAAAUGAGAUUCCAACAUCAAAAAUAUUUGAAUAUCAUUUUAUUAACCUCACGAAUUUUUAAGUUAUACAUUAAAUGAUGCAUUUGACGAAUAUUAAGUCGCCGUGAAACUUUGGGAUAAUUAUUGGCAAUAUUGCUGAUAUUCUAGCAAUUAUAGAUAUGCUAAAUAUUACUUUGAAUUUCUUCCAUCUUCGUAUAUUUUAGAUAGAAUAAAUAAUGCGAUAAAGCAGAUAUUGCCAACGUGGUGGCAAUAUUGGGGGCUACCCGAAAUGUAUCCGGGUCAGUGGUAACUGUAAUAAAACAUUAUUGCGAAACUAUGCUUGUGCUAUUGACGAUGCGUAUCAACCGAGAAAACAAUACGCUCAAAGAUGUAUUGUAAAAUUCGCUUGGACAAUGUCGGAAUGCUUUAUUUCAUCUAAUCGUCAUUUCAACUUUAAAAUUAAACCGUUUUCGUUUUUGCUAUUAAUUAUUUUCGGUUUAAUUUUUUAUAUAUUUUCAGAACUUCGGUAGGACUCUUCAAAUUAUCAAAGGGGGUAGAUAAAUCUGUGUUCGUGGCCAGCGAAAAAAUCACAAUUAUCGAAAUUAGGCUGACAUUUUUGAGACGAAUUAGUCACUUAAUCUUCAUUUAUAAGAAAUUUUCAGUUUCUUUCUAAACUGUGAAAAUUACGGACCAUUGUCAGAAUAGUUGUUUAGAAGAAGUCCAAAUAAUUUGCUUUGUGCAAAAAUCCUUAAAUGAUCCUUGUUUUGGUCUGUUUAUCGGUCUAAUUAGAACAUCUUAAUUCACUUUUGCAGUAAGUCUACGUGGAAUAAAAGGAUUGACAAGCGCUUUUUUUCUCUAUAAAGUCGAAAUAUUGUUACAAAAGGAAAUAUAAUUUUCAGAUAAUCUUUUGCUUAUAAGUUGACGAUUAAAAGAUGAUGGCAAAAUGUUGUUUCAAAAAAUUAUCUCAAAUUCAGAGAAUUAAUGAAAUGAUUUCAAUUCUGUUACAAUUAAAACCAUGAUGAGAAGACAGUGCAAAAUAAUUUUUUUUCAUCAAUUGGGGAAAAUGUGUUUUAUAUUACAGAAUGAUAUUGAAUUGUAGCUUUUAUAAAAUGAAAAAACGCUUAACAUACCAAAUUUUGUCUGCAAUCAGACGUAUAACAGAUUAUGGAAUCUGAGAGUUGAUGUACAUAAACCUUCUGACUCUUCUUCUAAUAUAAUUUGCAGUUUUUCGUUUUAUUUGUAUAUAUUGAUGUAAAGAACAUGUUUUAGAUUAUGUGAUGAAUUGAACUUUAAUUAUUAAUUCACUGCAAUAUAUUAUAUACCCUUGUAACCUACGAUAUGACCGUUUCUUAAUUUUGCCAAUUAAAAUCCUCAUAUAGAAUUAAUUCAAAUAAUCUCAAAAUUAGUAAUAUAUAACUAAUAUAAUUAGUAAAACUGGAUUUUUCACUUGCUUCUAAAUCAAGUGCACAUGCUUCUAUGCAAGCGUUGAGUUCACGAUAGAUAAUUCCAUUAACUCAGUUCGUUUCAUAAAAAAAUGUGCAAAAAACGAUUUUCAUGUAAUAAUAGUACAAUUAAUCUUUAAUAAAUACGCAUUAAGGUCUAUUAAAAUCCAAAUCCAAAAUUGAUACAGGAUUCACCGGGUUACACAAAUAAUAUGCUGAUAAAUUUAUUAACAUAUGUUAGUUCAUACUAAACUGUCAUAUAUUUAUUUAUUUAUAUUCAAUUAUACGAACUCUACAAUUUUCAAGAUACUUAUUUCAAACUCUUCUCAAUAGAGAAUA